UGUGACACAUAGCUACCCAACCAUGGGUACAUUGGGAGCACAAGAACGGGUGUUGCUGUAUCUCUUUCUCUGGACACUUCCUCAUUGCGGCACUGGGAAUGGAGAAAUGCAGAGUAUGAAAAUGAGUAAUGUCAAGUCAUCGCAGGGAAACAAUGCAAUGCUACCUGAAAUGCAGAGUAUGAAAAUGAGUAAUGUCAAGUCAUCGCAGGGAAACAAUGCAAUGAUACCUGAGAUCAAAGGAAUGAAAACAGAGAAGACGGUUGAAACUGAGCAGCUUCAGGUCAUUUCAAGCAGUGGAGGAAUAAAAACACAGGGGAGCUCUGGAAGUGAACAGCUUAAAUUCUUGUCUGGGAGUGGAGGAAUGAAAACCCAGGAAAGUUCUGGAAGUGAGCAUCUUCAGAUUAUUUCAGGGAAUGGAGGAAUGAAAACCCAGGAAAGUUCUGGAAGUGAGCAUCUUCAGAUUAUUUCAGGGAGCGGAGGAAUGAAAACCAUGGAAAGCUCCGGAAGUCAGAGUGCGCAGAUGAUUUCAGGGAGGGGAGGAAUGAAAACCCAGGAAAGUUCUGGAAGUGAGCAUCUUCAGAUUAUCUCAGGGAGCAGAGGAAUGAAAACCAUGGAAAACUCCAGAAGUCAGAGUGCGCAGAUGAUUUCAGGGAGCGGAGGAAUGAAAACCAUGGAAAGCUCCGGAAGUCAGAGUGCGCAGAUGAUUUCAGGGAGUGGAGGAAUUAAAACCCAGGAAAGUUCUGGAAGUGAGCAUCUUCAGAUUAUUUCAGGGAGGGGAGGAAUGAAAACCCAGGAAAGCUCUGGAAGUGAGCAUCUUCAGAUUAUUUCAGGGAGGGGAGGAAUGAAAAGCCAGGAAAGCUCUGGAAGUGAGCAUCUUCAGAUUAUUUCAAGGAGCGGAGGAUUGAAAACCAUGGAAAACUCCGGAAGUCAGAGUGCGCAGAUGAUUUCAGGGAGUGGAGGAACGAAAACCCAGGAAAGUUCUGGAAGUGAGCAUCUUCAGAUUAUUUCAGGGAGGGGAGGAAUGAAAACCCAGGAAAGUUCUGGAAGUGAGCAUCUUCAGAUUAUUUCAGGGAGUGGAGGAAUGAAAACCAUGGAAAGCUCCGGAAGUCAGAGUGCGCAGAUGAUUUCAGGGAGGGGAGGAAUGAAAACCCAGGAAAGCUCUGGAAGUGAGCAUCUUCAGAUUAUUUCAGGGAGUGGAGGAACGAAAACCCAGGAAAGUUCUGGAAGUGAGCAUCUUCAGAUUAUUUCAGGGAGUGGAGGAAUGAAAACCAUGGAAAGCUCCGGAAGUCAGAGUGCGCAGAUGAUUUCAGGGAGGGGAGGAAUGAAAACCCAGGAAAGCUCUGGAAGUGAGCAUCUUCAGAUUAUUUCAGGGAGUGGAGGAACGAAAACCCAGGAAAGUUCUGGAAGUGAGCGUCUUCAGAUUAUUUCAGGGAGCGGAGGAAUGAAAACCAUGGAAAGCUCCGGAAGUCAGAGUGCGCAGAUGAUUUCAGGGAGUGGAGGAAUGAAAACCCAGGAAAGAUCUGGAAGUGAGCAUCUUCAGAUUAUUUCAGAGAGUGGGGGAACAAAAUCACAUGGGAGUUUUGAAAAUGAAAGCCAUCAGUCUAAUUCAGAUAGUGGGAAAAUGAAAUCACAUGAGAGCUUUGAAAAUGAAGGUCAUCAAAUUAAAUCAAUAUCUAAUGCCCACUCAGGAGGACUGGAAGCAGUAGAGGCAUCAAGCAGAAGAACUUCAGUUGGUCAAGGUAUUAAAUCAAUAUCCAGUGCCUUCUCAGGUGGAUUGGAAGCAGUAGAGGCAUCAAGCAGAAAACCAUCAGUUGGUCAGCAGGCUGAGUCAGUAUCCAUUGCCCAAUCAGAAGGAUUGGAAGCAGCAGAGGCAUCAAGCAGAAGACCAUCAGCUGGUCAAUAUAUUAAGUCAGUAUCCCAUGCCUACUCCGAAGCAUUUGAAGCAGCAGAGGCAUCAAGCAAAAGACAGUCGGCUGGUCAAGAUAUUAAGUCAAUAUCCAGUGCCUACUCUGGAGGAUUGGAAGGAGAAGAGCUGUCAAGCAGAAGACCGUCAGUUGGUCAAGAUAUUGAGCCAAUAUCCAAUGCCUUCUCAGGAGGGUUCGAAGCAGCAGAGGCAUCAAGCAGAAGUCAAUCAGCUGGUCAAGAUCUUAAUUCCAUUUCAGGUAUAACUCCUUCCCAUGAUAACCGUGUGUGCAGCAUGUGGGGCAACUUUCAUUUAAAGAAUUUCGAUGGGGAUGUGUAUGAUUUUCCUGGAACCUGUAAUUAUUUACUCACCUCUAAUUGUAAGAGUUUGUAUGAAGAGUUUAACAUCCAAGUUCAACGUGACAAAGCAGAUGGAAAACUCAGCACCAUUCAGCUGCUCACAAUGAAACUAGACGGGGUAUCUAUUGAAAUGUCAAGAUCGAGUGUCUCUGUCAACGGACAAAGGGUGGAUAUCCCAUUUAGCCAUUCAAAAGUCUUGAUCGAGCAGAGCAUUGACUACAUGAAAAUAGUACUGAAGCCCGAUGUUGAGAUUAAGUGGAAUAAGGAAGAUGCUGUUUCGGUUGAACUGAGUGCCAAGUACAGGAACACAACAUGUGGAUUGUGUGGGGACUUCAAUGGCAUAAAAAAAUAUGAUGAGUUCUUCUCUAAUGGUGUAGAGAUAUCCCCUUUUCAGUUUGGAAGCUUACAGAAAUUAAAUGGGCCGACAGAACAGUGCCAGGAUCCUGAACCAGCCCCCCUUCCCAACAGCCUUGAUUAUCGACCACGGUGCUUGGAAAUUCUCUCAAGCUCAGCAUUUGACAACUGCCGGCCAUUACUUGACAUUGAAGAUUUUGUCCAGUCAUGUAUGCGUGAUAUGGCAACUUGUGAUGAUAAUUCAGAAUCACCCUGCUUCUGUGAGACGGUAGAAGAAUAUUCCAGACAGUGUGCUCAUGCUGGAGGAAAACCACAGGAUUGGAGGACUGCAGAACUUUGCUUUAAAAAAUGCCCAUUCAACAUGGAGCAUCAUGAAUAUGGAAGCCCAUGUGUUGAAACAUGUUCCAACCCCAGUCGGAAUAAAGAGUGCAGUGCUCACGGUGUUGAUGGGUGCUUCUGCCCUGCAGACACUGUUUAUGAUGACAUUGACAGCAAUGGAUGUAUACCUUUGAAAAGCUGCUCUUGCAAAUUUGGUAGCAAGAUCUAUGCUCCUGGUGAAUCCUAUUCAAUGGGCUGUGACUCCUGCACUUGCAUAGGAGGUCAAUGGUCUUGCAUUACGGAGCCCUGUGCUAUUACAUGUUCCAUCGAGGGCGGCUCUCACUUUCGAUCAUUUGAUGGGAAAUUGUUUGAUUUCCAUGGUGACUGCAUGUAUACUGCAGUAAAGGACACUAAAAAUGAUUUGUUCACAAUACUAACUGAGUUGCGUCCAUGUGGUGCUUCCAAAACAGAAACCUGCAUGAAGAAACUUUCAGUGAUGCUGGCUGACUCACAGAGUAUUGUUGUGAAACCUUCUGGAAGUGUAAAUGUUAACCAGUUAGAUACACAGCUGCCAGUGUCAACAGCAAACUAUACAAUUGCCAGUGUGGCCAGGUCUGUUAUACACAUCAAAGGAAAUUCAGGAUUUAAUAUUGUUGCAUCACUUCAACCUAUGAUGCAAGUGCACAUCAGCCUGGAUACAUCAUUAAAAGGGCAGACAGCAGGUCUUUGUGGAAACUACAAUGACAUCCAGGCAGAUGACUUCAGAAGUUUAAGUGGAAUCGUUGAAGGGACACCAGCGAUUUUUGGCAACACUUGGAAGUGUCAGAGUGACUGCAGUAAUGUUGAGGAUAGUUAUGAGAAUCCUUGUGCACUGAGUGUUGAAAAUGAAAAAUAUGCAAAAUAUUGGUGUUCCAUGUUGAAGAGUUCAAGCGGACCAUUUUCUGGAUGUCAUGCCAUAGUUGACCCUGAGUCCUAUGAAAAGAACUGCAUGUAUGACAGCUGCAACUGUGAGAAGAGCGAGACCUGCAUGUGUGCAGCCCUGUCGUCUUAUGCCAGGGCAUGUGCUGCCAAGGGCAUUGUACUACAUGGAUGGAAAGCAAACGUCUGCAAACAGUUUGCUGAAUGUCCUGAAGGUGAAAUAUUUUCAUACAGCAUAACAAAAUGCCAGCCUACGUGCCGGUCUCUGAGUGAGCCAGAUGUGACUUGUAAUUUUGAUUUUGAUCCCGUUGGUGGCUGCAUAUGCGAAGAAGGUAACUACAGGGAUAACAGUGGGAAAUGUGUAUCAGCUGCGGACUGUCCCUGUUAUUACAUGGAGUCGUCAUUCAAGCCUGGCGAAAUUACUCAUCAGAAUGGUGCCUUGUGUACUUGUACCCAAGGAAAACUGAAUUGCAUUGGAAGUCAAUCCCAGCCUGAAGCAUGUCCACCACCCUUAGUGUAUAUUAACUGCUCUGAUCCUGCUAUUCUGACUGGUACAGAGUGCCAAAAAACCUGCCAGCUUCUGGACACGCAGUGUUAUAGCACAAGAUGUGUGUCAGGUUGUAUUUGCCCCGAUGGAAAGGCUCUAACUGCUGAUGGAAACUGCAUUGCAGAGGAACAGUGCCCAUGUAGAUACAAUUCAGUGGCCUAUAACAAUGGCGACAAAAUCAAAGUGGACUGUAAUACCUGCACAUGUAAGGACAGAAAGUGGGACUGUACCACCAAAGAGUGCCAGGCAACCUGCGUUGUCUAUGGAGAAGGGCAUUACAUUUCCUUUGAUGGACGCCGCUUUAAUUUUAAUGGAGAUUGUGAAUAUGUCUUAGCACAGGACUAUUGCUCAAGUAAUGAUGGGAAGGGAACUUUCCGUAUUAUUACAGAAAACAUCCCUUGUGGCAGAACCGGUGCUUCCUGCUCAAAGUCCAUAAGUUUGCACCUUGAAAACACUGUAUUAAAGUUAACUGAAGGAAAAAUCAAUGUGGUGCAAAGGAAUGGCACCAAUGUGCCAUACAGGGCCAUUUACAAGGGAAUGUUUAUGGCUGUUGAAGUUUUUCCAACAUUAGAACUGCUAUGGGACAAGAAGACCUCCUUGCAUAUUACUAUUAGCCCAAGUUUUCAGGGCAAAGUCUGUGGAUUAUGUGGCAACUAUGAUGGAAAUGCGAAUAACGACUUUACCACAAGGAGCCAGUCUAUGGUAGUAAAUGUACAGGAGUUUUGUAACAGUUGGAAAAACUCACCCACAUGUCCAGAUGCAAAGCUGCCGAAGGAUCCAUGUGUCAGCAAUCCAUAUCGGAAAGCAUGGGCAGAGAAGCAGUGCAGCAUUAUCAUAAGCGAUGUGUUCAGUCAGUGCCACACAACAGUUGACCCUUUACCUUUUUAUGAAUCCUGCGUGGAUGAUGCCUGUGCUUGUGACACAGGAGGAGACUGUGAGUGUUUCUGUACAGCUGUAGCGGCUUAUUCUUCGGCUUGUAAUGAGGCUGGCAUUUGUGUUUCAUGGCGAAGCCCUGAAAUUUGCCCACAAUUCUGUGAAUACUACAACCCACCUGAAGGUUGUGAAUGGCAUUUCAAACCAUGUGGAGCUCCUGGUUUGAAAACCUGUCGAAAUCCAAGUGGCAACUACUCACACCAGCUGCCAGGAAGAGAAGGCUGUUACCCAGACUGCCCAGCUGACAGACCAUUCUUUGAAGAAGAGACAAUGAAGUGUGUCUCUCAGGAGCAAUGUGGCUGCUACGACAUGGAUGGAAGGCAUUACAAUACUGGGGAUAUGGUGCCCUCAGAAGACAACUGUAAAUCCUGCACUUGCACAGUGACAGGUAUCAGCUGCAGGGAUGAUGAUGCAGAGUGUUACUGUGUCUAUGAUGGGAAAAGGCUCCCCCCUGGGUCACUUGUUUACAGCACCAAUGAUGGCAUAGGUGGAUGCAUAACUGCAAUCUGUGGAGAGAAAGGAGAGAUAAGCAGGACCAUGAAUGAAUGUGCAGCAGAGCAAACCUCUGCAGCCCCAUUUCACUUUACUACACCCGUGUUACCAGUACAGACCAGUGUCCCACCAGAGGUGUCAAAAGUGCAAACAACACAUUCUAGCACUUCUGCAAGUUCAACAGCUUUACCAAUGGAAAAUUCUUCAGGUGCUAAAACAAGCUUGGUUACCAAACAAGAUAUAAAAAUUACCUCUGGACAGGUAUCAGAAAUGCCCCCCUUGUCUCAACCAACAACUUUAUUGCCUUCUACACCUCCAAAAGGACAAACAAAUCCAUCAGCAGAAACAUCUGCCAGUAGGAUACAAGGCCCAGUUGACACCACCAGAACCAGCAAAAGCUCACCUGCUGUACCAAAUGGAAAUACUUUCAUUUCAUCAAAAGAAACAGUCAAACCCUCACAUUCAUCUUCUUACCCAUCCUCUUCAUCUGAAUCAUCUGAGAAGUUUUCUUCUAGUACAACAAGACUAUUAAGUGCUCCAGUUGAAACUUCACAUGUUAGUGACACAAGUGCAUUCCCAUCUGGAUCAGUUUCUACAUUUGUAUCACAGAGCGGUCCAUCUUUUCCAAAUAUACCAUCUUCUGCAUUUUCUAAAGGUCAAACACAGGCAUCAGAAGAAACACCUGCCAGCAGUGUUCAAGGUCCAAUUGAGACAUCCAGAACCAGCAAACCAUUAUCUUCUGUACCUGAAAGAACAACAUUAGUUUCCUCAAAAGAAACAGUCAAACCUUCAAAAUCUUCCUCUUAUCCACCCCCUUCAUCACAAUCAUCUGAGGAGUCUUCUACUACAAAAGAACCAGUAAGUGCUCCAGUUGAAACUUCAUAUGGUAGUGACACAAGUGCUUUCCCAACUGGAUCAAGUUCUACAUUUGUAUCACAGAGAGGCCCAUCUCACCCAAAUAUACCAUCUUCUGCUAUUUCAAAAGGCCAAAUACCUACAUCAGCAGAAACACCUGCCACCAGUGUAGAAGGCCCAGUUGAGACCUCCAGAAUUAGCAAACCUUUACCUUCUGUACCUGAAAGAACAUUAGUUUCCUCAGAAGAAACAGUCAAACCUUCAAAAUCUUCCUCUUAUCCAUCCCCUUCAUCACAAUCAUCUGAGGAGUCUUCUUCUACUACAAAAGAACCAAUAAGUGCUCCAGUUGAAACUUCACAUGUUAGUGACACAAGUGCUUUCCCACCUGGACCAACCUCUACAUUUGUAUCACAGAGAGGUCCUUCUUUCUCAAACCUACCAUCUUCUGCAUUUUCAAAAGGCCAAACACAGGCAUCAGCAGAAACACCUGCCAGCAGUGUUCAAGGUCCAAUUGAGACAUCCAGAACCAGCAAACCAUUAUCUUCUGUACCUGAAAGAACAACAUUAGUUUCCUCAGAAGCAACAGUCAAACCUUCAAAAUCUUUCUCUCCUCCAUCCACUUCAUCACAAUCAUCUGAAGAGUCUUCUACUACAAAAGAACCAGUAAGUGCUCCAGUUGAAACUUCACAUGUUAGUGACACAAGUGCUUUCCCACUUGGAUCAGGCUCUACAUUUGUAUCACAGAGAGGUCCAUCUUUCCCAAAUAUACCAUAUUCUGCAUUUUCAAAAGGCCAAACAAGUGCACUAACAGAAAUAUCUGCCAGCAGUAAUCAAGGCCCAAUAGAGACCUCAAGAACCAGCAAACCAUUAUCUUCUGUACCUGAAAGAACAACAUUAGUUUCCUCAAAAGAAACAGUCAAACCUUCAAAAUCUUCCUCUUAUCCACCCCCUUCAUCACAAUCAUCUGAGGAGUCUUCUACUACAAAAGAACCAGUAAGUGCUCCAGUUGAAACUUCAUAUGGUAGUGACACAAGUGCUUUCCCAACUGGAUCAAGUUCUACAUUUGUAUCACAGAGAGGCCCAUCUCACCCAAAUAUACCAUCUUCUGCUAUUUCAAAAGGCCAAAUACCUACAUCAGCAGAAACAUCUGCCAGCAGUAAUCAAGGCCCAAUAGAGACCUCCAGAAUUAGCAAACCUUUACCUUCUGUACCUGAAAGAACAUUAGUUUCCUCAGAAGAAACAGUCAAACCUUCAAAAUCUUCCUCUUAUCCACCCCCUUCAUCACAAUCAUCUGAGGAGUCUUCUACUACAAAAGAACCAGUAAGUGCUCCAGUUGAAACUUCAUAUGGUAGUGACACAAGUGCUUUCCCAACUGGAUCAAGUUCUACAUUUGUAUCACAGAGAGGCCCAUCUCACCCAAAUAUACCAUCUUCUGCUAUUUCAAAAGGCCAAAUACCUACAUCAGCAGAAACACCUGCCACCAGUGUAGAAGGCCCAGUUGAGACCUCCAGAAUUAACAAACCUUUACCUUCUGUACCUGAAAGAACAUUAGUUUCCUCAGAAGAAACAGUUAAACCUUCAAAAUCAUCCUCUUAUCCACCCCCUUCAUCACAAUCAUCUGAGGAGUCUUCUACUACAAAAGAACCAGUAAGUGCUCCAUUUGAAACUUCACAUGUUAGUGACACAAGUUCUUUCCCACCUGGAUCAGGCUCUACAUUUGUAUCACAGACAGGUCCAUCUUUCCCAAAUAUACCAUCUUCUGCUAUUUCAAAAGGCCAAAUACAUGCAUCAGCAGAAAUGCCUACCAGCAGUGCAGAAGGCCCAGUUCAGAGCUCCAGAACCAGCAAACCAUUACCUUCUGUACCUGAAAAAACAACAUUAGUUUCCUUAAGCGAAUCUGUCAAACCUUCAAAAUCUUCCUCUUAUCCAUCCCCUUCAUCACAAUCAUCUGAGGAGUCUUCUUCUACUACAAAAGAACCAAUAAGUGCUCCAGUUGAAACUUCACAUGUUAGUGACACAAGUGCUUUCCCACCUGGACCAACCUCUACAUUUGUAUCACAGAGAGGUCCUUCUUUCUCAAACCUGCCAUCUUCUGCAUUUUCAAAAGGCCAAACACAUGCUUUAGCAGAAACACCUGCCAGCAGUGUUCAAGGUCCAAUUGAGACAUCCAGAACCAGCAAACCAUUAUCUUCUGUACCUGAAAGAACAACAUUAGUUUCCUCAGAAGCAACAGUCAAACCUUCAAAAUCUUCCUCUUAUCCAUCCCCUUCAUCACAAUCAUCUGAGGAGUCUUCUUCUACUACAAAAGAACCAAUAAGUGCUCCAGUUGAAACUUCACAUGUUAGUGACACAAGUGCUUUCCCACCUGGACCAACCUCUACAUUUGUAUCACAGAGAGGUCCUUCUUUCUCAAACCUGCCAUCUUCUGCAUUUUCAAAAGGCCAAACACAUGCUUCAGCAGAAACACCUGCCAGCAGUGUUCAAGGCCCAAUAGAGACCUCAAGAACCAGCAAACCAUUAUCUUCUGUACCUGAAAGAACAACAUUAGUUUCCUCAGAAGAAACAGUCAAACCUUCAAAAUCUUUCUCUCCUCCAUCCCCUUCAUCACAAUCAUCUGAAGAGUCUUCUACUACAAAAGAACCAGUAAGUGCUCCAGUUGAAACUUCACAUGUUAGUGACACAAGUGCUUUCCCACCUGGACCAACCUCUACAUUUGUAUCACAGAGAGGUCCUUCUUUCUCAAACCUGCCAUCUUCUGCAUUUUCAAAAGGCCAAACACAUGCUUCAGCAGAAACACCUGCCAGCAGUGUUCAAGGCCCAAUAGAGACCUCAAGAACCAGCAAACCAUUAUCUUCUGUACCUGAAAGAACAACAUUAGUUUCCUCAGAAGCAACAGUCAAACCUUCAAAAUCUUUCUCUCCUCCAUCCCCUUCAUCACAAUCAUCUGAGGAGUCUUCUACUACAAAAGAACCAGUAAGUGCUUCAGUUGAAACUUCACAUGUUAGUGACACAAGUGCUUUCCCACCUGGAUCAGGCCAAAUACAUGCAUCAGCAGAAAUACCUACCAGCAGUGCAGAAGGUCCAGUUGAGACCUCCAGAACCAGCAAACCAUUACCUUCUGUACCUGAAAAAACAACGUUACUUUCCUCAAAAGAAACAAUCAAACCGUCAAAAUCUUCCUCUCAUCCAUCCCCUUCAUCAGAAUCAUCUGAGGAGUCUUCUUCUACUACAAAAAAAACAGUAAGUGCUCCAGUUGAAACUUCACAUGUUAGUGGCACAAGUGCUUUCCCACCUGGCUCAGGCUCUACAUUUGUAUCAGAGAGAGGCCCAUCUCACCCAAAUAUACCAUCUUCUGCAUUUUCAAAUGUCCAAACAUACGCAUCAACAGAAACACCUCCUGUUAGUGUACAAGGACCAGUUGAAAGCUCCAUAAACAAACCCUCACCUUCUGUACCUCAUGGAACCACUUCAUAUUCCUCCAAAGAAACAGUCAGACCUUCAAAAUCAUUUUCUCAUCCAUCCACUUCAUCUGAUUCAUCUGACAAUGUUUCUGCUACUGUAACAGAACCAACACAAUUUCAUUCUGAAUCUUCAAAUGGUCAUCCAUCUAGUCCUGUCUCUCAUGGUUCAAGUCAAACAUUUGCAUUUCCCAGAAGUCCAUCUCUACCACAGAGUGUUUCACCUACAGAACUUUCAAAAGGCGAAACAAAUGUCUCAGCAAGCUCUUCUACUACUAAUGAAGUUCCCUCCCGUUCUUCUUCAUCUUCAUGCACUGUAAAUGGACAAAGUUUUUAUCCAGGUGCGCUCAUAUAUGACAGAAGUGAUAAUGAUGGUUGGUGCUACACUGCGAUCUGCAGUACGUCUGGUGAGAUCCUAAAAACGAGUUCCAAGUGUGAGACAAGGCCAAGCGCUGAAGCAUCUCACCUGCCAACAUCCAGCACCCCUACAACAGAAAAGGAAGAAACUUCACCAGGAUGUACUCAUCUCAUGCCGCCAAGGAAGUAUAACGAGGUAUGGAUGGUCGAUAGAUGCAUUCAGGCAACUUGUAAAGGAGACUGUAUUGAUAUGCAGCGUGUUACAUGUCCACCUGUGGAAGACCUCAGGUGUUCAUAUGGACAGCCACCUAAGAAAAUUUAUGAUGAUGAAGGCUGCUGUUUCCAUUACGAAUGUGAAGGAACAUCAGCACAACCAUCAGCAAAAGCACCUACACAAGGAUGCAUCGGGCCUGACGGAAGCCUUAAACAGCCUGAUGACGUAUGGAUGAUUGGCUGCGUUCGCUGUUUCUGUGAUGGAAGCACUAUGAGUGCUCACUGUGAACAACGCCCAUGUCCAGAACCUUCUCUUCCACUGUGUACUCAGGAAGGAUUUGUACCACACAGAGGAAUAGACCCCCAAGAUCCUUGCUGUGAAGUGUAUGAGUGCCGCUGUGACCCAAGUUUCUGUUCCCAGAAUUUGUAUAGCUCCCGACCAGGAUUUGAAAUGGUGGUCUCCAUACCUCAAGGUAGCUGCUGCCCUGUGUAUAAGGAAGUUCCCAAGGAUGUCUGUGUGUUUAAUGAUAUUGAAUAUAAGCCUGGUUCAAGUAUUCCCAGUGGUGCCUGUGAUGUCUGUCAGUGCAGUUCUGAUAAGGAUCCUAAGAAAAACUUAAAUAAGGUCACCUGCAACCGUCAGACCUGUAACAAGUCAUGCGAGUUGGGUUUUGAAUAUCAGGAAGUAUCUGGGCAGUGCUGUGGACAAUGUGUGCAGAAAAGCUGCGUUUUCCUUCUACCAAACAGUAAGACUCACAUCCUCAAGCCUGGUGAGAAGUGGUCAGCUCCAGAUGACAAAUGUACUCACUAUGACUGCAGCCUACUACAUGGACAGUUUAUUCCACUCACUACCAGGAAAUUAUGUGCUGAUUUCAACCCUGAGGACUGUGUCUUGGGGAGCAUUGAAAUGGAUGAAGAUGGCUGCUGCCAUAAAUGUAUGCCAGUAAAAAAGACAUGCGGAGUCCAGAAGAAGAUGGACUAUGUAACAAGUAGGGGGUGUCGUUCCAAACAACCAGUGGAAUUGUCAUACUGUGCAGGAAGUUGUACAUCAACAUCUAUAUUCUUGGGUGACACCAGUAAGAUGAAACACACCUGUACUUGCUGCCGAGAAAUUCUGACUCAUAAUGUGGAUAUCAAGCUGACUUGCCCAGGUGGACAACCUCUCAGUUAUUCCUAUAUUUAUGUGGACCAGUGUGGUUGCGAAAGUGAAGAAUGCACAGAAUCAAGGAUUUCACCAUCAUCGGACAAAAAUAUUGAAAAAAGUGACAAUGAAGGACAGAAAAAAGAAAGAGUACUUAAAUCAGAUCCAGAUGAAGUACACAAAGGAAAGUUUAGGGGGGAACCAGGAUCACAUUCUGGAGAAAAGUCAGGAAGACUGAGGUCCAAUGAAGUAGAUGGGGGAAAGUUCAAGGGGAAAUCAGGAUCACACUCUGGUGAAAAGUCGGGAAGACUGAGGUCCAAUGAAGUAGAUGGGGGAAAGUUCAAGGGGAAAUCAGGAUCACACUCUGGUGAAAAGUCGGGAAGACUGAGGUCCAAUGAAGUAGAUGGGGGAAAGUUCAAGGGGAAAUCAGGAUCACACUCUGGUGAAAAGUCGGGAAGACUGAGGUCCAGUGCAGUAGAUGGGGGAAAGUUCAAGGGGAAAUCAGGAUCACACUCUGGAGAAAAGUCAGGAAAAUUUAAGCAGAAUAAGGCAGGAUCCCAUUCUGGUGAAAAGGGAAGAGGCAUGUCUGGAAGUGUGUUUAGCCAAUAUUCUGAAGAAAGAAAUAAAAAGUUGAAAGGAAGAAACUAAAUAAAGAUUAUAUUUCUAAGAAUACUCCAAAUGGGGACUUUCAAGGCAUGACAGUGAAACAGAAUUGGCAUAGAUCUGUUAGAUCUCUGUUUUCAUGUGAAUGCUGUUUAUGUUGUUUAUCAUGCCUUGUGAUAUUUCCUUAUCAUAAUUUUUGAAGUAUAUAGUAGCAUGUCUCAGACUAAUAAAUAUAGUUUGCUUAAUGUAAAAUCAUUACUAAAUAUAUAUAUUUUACUAGAAUUAUACCACAUUUCACAGUUAGAUUUCCAAAUUCCCUGUAUUAUUUGAUUCAGUUUCCGUAAGUAAGAUAAUUUAGUAUCAUUAGUUAACAGUUUUUCUUCCACGUGCUGCUUUGUGAUGUUAUGAUAGAGUUCUGUUUACUUCCUUCUAAUGUUAUCAAAUAUCUGAACUACAGCAGAAAAACAUUAAUAAAAACACUUUGUUCAUCUCA